AUGCUCCGUCAUUGCGGCGAUAUAGGAGCUGUGUUCGGCGGGCUGGGCACGCUGGUAUGCCCAUACUUGUUGAAGAUGCACAGACAGGCAGAACGAACUGGUGGUUCAAAGGUCUGUCAAGAGGACCUAAUCACCACGUGGUCUUACCCGUUGCCCUUCAUGCAUUCUGCGGCCCUGCAUCUUCAGCGAGCUUUCAGAACCGACCAAGUAGAAUGUGGGGCCCAAACUGUCUCCAGGAUGCACCGCGACGCGACGAGAACCACCCGAGCCAUCGAGUUCAACACCUGUCUGAACGAGUGCAAGCAAAGGCGUUCCAUGAUGUACGUCUGCCCAAACUCCGUGGUUUACGUGGCCAUUCUCUGCCUAACGUACGCCAACCUAGUCUUCGCGAUCAAGUUUGACCGGUGA